AUGUCUGGGGCCGAGGCACUGUUCGCCGUUGGCAUUAUUUGCAAUGCCAUGCAGAUCAUCACAUUUGGCAAAGAUUCUCUGCAUGUCUACCGCUCCAUUCGCGACAAUGGGGCCCCGGACCCAAGAUUGGAAUCAUAUCUCGAUCUUGCAGCAAAGGGCUACAAGAGCCUGGGCGACCGAUCUCGUGGUCCGCGGCCCCUAACCAACGAUCAACAACAAAUCUUCGAUCUUAGUGAAAAGGCUUACAAAAGCCUGGAAGCGUUCCAGAGCAAAUUCCAAGAACUUCAUCUCGAUAUGCAGUCAAGAAAAGGCUUGGUCGGCAGUCUUCGGGCCGUCAAAGCGGGUUUUAAGACUCUCGUUAAUGACAAAGAGCUGAAAGGCCUCGAGAAAGAUUUUCAGAGAUACGAGCAGCUCUUUCAGGCACAUCUCAUACAGCGAGUAUGUAGUCAAUCUAAUGCCUCAGCCCUAUUGACUCAGGAGACCUUUAGUAGGCUUGAUGCCACUCAGCAGGAGGUAGUCACGAAGCUCGCUGAGGGGCACACAAACCUGUGUGAUUUAUUAUCGCGCGAGUCGGUUUUGAUCAAGAACCAUGUCCAAAAGCAGCACUUGGAGACUCGCGCAGAUACGAACAAAGGUAUCCACGCUGCGGAAUGUCAUAUUGUGUCACAUAUCGCCGAGUCGAGUUCAAAGGUUCAACAUGAGUUUGCACUUCAAAGGCAAGACGAAGAUGACAAGAAGCGACACCAACAAUUAUUGGCCAGCUUGAGGUAUCCCGAAAUGAAUGCCCGAAAGAACCAAAUUGCCACGAAUUUCCCAAAUACCUGCCGUUGGAUAUUUAAAACAGCUAGGUCUUUAUGGACUUCUAGCCUUUCAUCCACUGACGGCGAUCAUGGCGACUCAAGCGAUAAUUGGUCUGAGGAUGCGACAAGUGACAACCAAGACCAGAUAGAUACCACAGCCCUCGAAAUUACUGUAAACUGGGCCGAAAGUGCUUCAGAAGAGCCCACUCCGUUCGUUCGUUGGCUCAUGUCUGACUCUGGAAUGUUUUGGAUCAGUGGGAAGCCAGCCUCGGGGAAAAGUACCCUUAUGAAGUUUAUCGCCACCAGUCGCCUGACAAGAGACAACCUGGAGGUCUGGCGUCCGUCAGUCCAGAUAUUGACUCACUAUUUCUGGAAGCCAGGAAGUAAGAUGGAAAAGAGUCUUAGAGGAAUGCUCUUAUCCCUUACUCACCAGGUCCUGUUGGACCGAUUGGAUCUUAUUCGAUGGUUAUGGGAAGAGCCAAAAUUUUCGUUCGUCCGUCACAGAUGGUCACACGCGGACUGGGCACUGAAGGAAAUCGAGGACGUCUUGUUCAAGGUAGUCGAAGUAUCCAACGAUGCCUUUUUUAUUAUGAUCGACGGGCUCGACGAAUCUUCGGAAUUUGAACAGUAUUUUUCGAUGCCUUAUCACGAUUCGAACGUGUUGGAUCGUCUCAUGCAACUCAAGAAUGUCAAGAUUUGUGCAUCUAGUCGGGAAGAGAACACCUUCUGCCGUUUUUUUGAGAGGGUAGAAAGUCUAAGAAUUCACGAACUAACAAAAUACGACAUCCGGGAAUUUGCUAAUAGCCGCCUUAAUGCUCUGAACCUCGCGAAUUCUUGGGAACGGGAUCUUCUUCUUAAUCAACUAACAUUAAGCGCAGAUGGGGUCUUCCUCUGGGUAUCACUCGUCCUUGACAGUAUAGCUAGAGCAUGUCGAUUGACAAAUGAUAUCCAGACUCUAAUCGAAAGAGUUAAGCAUGCGCCUAGAGACAUCAUGAAGUUAUUUCAGGACAUAUGGGAAAGGUCUGGUGAUGAUGGUGACGUCGCCAGUUAUCGAGAGUACAACAAUCUUCACGGUAUUGCUCAGCGAGCUCAAUCGUUUCUUGUACUUGCAAUGGCUUCAGAAAACCGAGAUAUCGAGUCAAUGCUCCGCUCAGGCCCGAGGAUAACUACAACAGACUUGCUCGACAGGUGUUUGAAAGUAGAACAAGAGUUGUCUAUCACAUGUUGCGGAUUGCUCGAGGUGAGCGACCGACGGAUUUAUCUCGAGUUCAAUGAGGUUCCCGACUCCCUCAUGCACUAUGAUAAAAAGAGCCUCAGAUUUGUACACCGAUGUGCCAUCGACUACUUGACCGAUACUGAGUCCGGGGCUGCGAUUCUGGGAGCUUGUCGCUGGUCGAAGGAAGAACCAAUCGCCAGGUUGUUUGGAGGUUACAUGGUGAGAGGUCGCUUUUUCGAGACCAAUACCUUUUCAAGUUCUUUCAGUCACAUUGCCAAUAGAAGGCAACAUCUCCGUCCUAGACGCGUUGAUACCUGCCUAGACGCUCUACUUGAUUGCGUUGAGUCAGGGGUCUUCGCUGGAUCAUCCUGGCCAGAGUUCUUCAUCCGAACGUGGAUAAAGUGGCAGCUAGCUGGGGUAUUCCAACAGCAAUACUUUUGGUCCUAUCCUGGACGCCCCGUAUACGUCACAAACCCGCUUGAAAUUGAGUUUUUGGAAAUUACAGCUAAUAAAUGUACUUUGCUUACACUUUUCGGAUACCUUUCGGAACUCUCUGCUCAGCAGUUCUUAGAUUCAAUACCUGCUAUAGUUCGGGGAUUGACCGAACGCACGAUACAUGAUUGGGAACAUACAGUGUCUAUAUCAGUGUGUAUAUCUGUGACAAGAUUCAUUCUCACGCGGCUUUUGGACUUGAACAAAGAAGAAGGGGUUGUUUCAAGCACCGAAGCACGUGCGCUUUGCAAAGACACAAAUUGCCGCCUAUGGUCCUGGUUCUUCAUGACUGUCGUGGGCGAUGUCAAGGCUAAACCGGCCCCACCGUUCUCGGACAUCUUACAGCUUUUUACUGCCGCGAUUCCAGAUAUUGAAGACUGGCAUCGACCAUUACCGCUAUACCUUUGGCGACAGCAAGAGCCCUGGCCGGAGGUUAAAAUCUUCCAUCCUCGCCCUCUUGGUGACUGGGAACACUUUGUUAUUGUCAACUUUGCCACGGCCUACAGAAUUUCUUCAUCAAUUUGUGGCGGCCAGGGACUGGUACCUGAGCAGAUACCAGAUUUUAUCAUGGAAGUUCAGCCAUGUUUUCAGCCUAUAGUAUUCCAACGUGAAGGGGCUCCUCUCUUCUAUGCUAUUUGGCCGGAUCAGCAAGAUGAGCUCGGGGCACAGCUGAUGGCUUCAAUUCUGGGAGCGGACCCAUCUUCAGAUGCAGAAACCUCGCUUUCCGGCGAUGGCAUGCCUUUUAUAGGUAAAGGGUCGAAUGAGAUAAUGCGUUACCUCAUAGAUACGGUAGGCCAUAUGGAUGACAUGCCGGUUCAUUCAUGGUGGCCUGGGUGGGAAAUACGAGGCAUUGAUGAGGAACUAAGCAUCGAAACAAGGCUUGGCUCUAAGGAGUAA